AUGUCAACUGUUAUUAAUACAAUACCCAAUCAAGCAUCUUAUUCAAAGAGACAACGAUAUGAAUUUGAAAUAUUUGAUAAAUCUAUAAAAGAAAUUGAAAAUUUAUUUAAACAAGAUAUAAAUAUUCAUCCAAUAAAGAGACAAAAAUUACAACAACAACAAGUUCAACAACCAAAGAUAAAUAUUGCAAAUAGUUUUGAUUCACAAAAUAAUUAUACACAUCAAAAUGAACGUUUAGAUAGUUAUUUGAAAAAAAAUCAAAAAUCUGAUUCUUAUAAUUCAUUAUUUUCAAUAAAUGAUAAUAACCGCCAACAUCAUCAACACCAACACCAUCAACACCACCAACAUCAACAUCAACAUCAACAUCAUGAUGAAUUAACAAAAUCAUUCUUAAACAAUCAAUCAUCAAAUCAUUCUAAAAAAUUACCAAUCGUACCACCAAGUAUAAUUAAUCAUAUUCGUUUAGAAACUGGUAAAAAAAUUGAUUAUUAUGUUAAUGAUAUUUCAAAUUUUACAUUAGAUGAUAAUUUUAAAAAUGAUUUAAUUUAUAAUGAAGAUGGUUUAUUUUUACAAAAUGAUGAAAUUAUAACUAAUUUAAUUAAUAUUAUUGAUUCAAAUAAAGAAGAUUAA